CAUGGGGAUCACUUUAAUCAGCUUUGAGACCUGCUAAUGCUGUAGAGAACUCUGAAGGACUGCUGCUGUUUUCAUCUUCGUGCAGCCAGUGCAAGAAGGAAUGAACAUCAUGUCUCUGUGCCGUCGCUGGAAGAGAUGCUUCGCUCUAGGACCUGUCUGUUCCUCCUCCGGCUAUAAGAAGGCGGAUGAUGAGAUGUCCGGAGCCACGUCCUCGGCGGAUCUGGACGAGGCACCAGCCCGCACGAUUUACUUGAACCAACCCCAGCAGAGCAAGUUCCGCGACAACUGGGUCAGCACAGCUAAGUACAGUGUGGUGACAUUUCUACCUCGAUUCCUGUAUGAGCAGAUAAGAAAAGCUGCAAAUGCAUUCUUCCUCUUCAUUGCCUUACUGCAGCAAAUUCCAGAUGUCUCUCCAACAGGAAGAUAUACCACCUUGGUGCCAUUGCUAUUUAUUUUAACAGUUGCUGGCAUCAAAGAAAUCAUAGAAGACUAUAAAAGGCAUAAGGCAGACAGUGCAGUGAAUAAAAAGAAAACGAUAGUACUAAGAAAUGGGAUGUGGCAGAACAUUAUGUGGAAAGAGGUAGCGGUAGGCGAUAUUGUGAAGGUCACCAAUGGGCAACAUCUUCCAGCAGACAUGAUCAUUGUAUCUUCCAGUGAACCACAAGCCAUGUGCUAUAUUGAAACAGCUAAUCUUGAUGGGGAGACGAAUCUUAAAAUACGACAGGGAUUGUCUCAAACUGCUAGUCUUCAGUCAAGAGAAGAAUUGAUGAAAGUAUCUGGAAGGAUAGAAUGUGAAGGACCCAACCGUCAUCUUUACGACUUCACUGGAAACUUGCGCUUAGAUGGUCACAGCCCAGUUCCUGUUGGUCCAGACCAGAUCUUGUUAAGAGGUGCACAACUGAGAAACACGCAGUGGGUCUUGGGUAUUGUUGUGUAUACAGGACAUGAUACAAAACUCAUGCAGAAUUCAACCAAAGCACCUCUGAAGAGAUCAAAUGUGGAGAAAGUGACCAAUGUGCAGAUCCUGGUUUUGUUCUGUAUUCUCCUAGUGAUGGCCCUUGUGAGUUCUGUAGGUGCCUUGUUAUGGAACAGAUCUCAUGGUGAAGUCGUCUGGUACCUUGGCUCCAACAAAAUGCUGUCUGUCAACUUUGGAUACAAUCUGCUGACAUUUAUAAUCUUGUACAACAAUCUUAUUCCAAUCAGUCUUCUGGUGACAUUGGAAGUUGUCAAGUUUACUCAGGCUCUUUUUAUAAAUUGGGACACAGAUAUGUAUUAUCCCGAAACAGAUACACCUGCAAUGGCCAGAACCUCAAACCUGAAUGAGGAACUUGGGCAGGUAAAAUACCUGUUUUCUGAUAAAACAGGUACUCUAACGUGCAAUAUCAUGAACUUUAAGAAAUGUAGUAUUGCUGGAGUGACAUAUGGUCACUUUCCUGAGCUAGAAAGAGAACGUUCAUCAGAGGACUUCAGCCAGCUACCUCCUUCCACCAGUGAAUCAUGUGAAUUUGAUGACCCAAGACUGCUGCAAAACAUAGAAAAUGACCAUCCCACAGCUGUGCACAUACAGGAGUUCCUCACUCUACUGGCUGUCUGUCAUACUGUUGUUCCUGAGAGACAAGGAAAUAAAAUAAUCUAUCAAGCCUCCUCUCCAGAUGAAGGGGCAUUAGUAAAAGGAGCAAAGAAGCUUGGUUAUGUCUUCACAGGACGGACUCCUCAUUCAGUUAUCAUUGAUGCGCUGGGAAAAGAAAAAACCUUUGAAAUUCUUAAUGUGCUGGAGUUUUCCAGCAACAGAAAGAGAAUGUCAGUGAUUGUUCGAACUCCAGCAGGACAGCUACGUCUCUACUGCAAAGGGGCUGAUAAUGUAAUUUUUGAGAGGCUUUCAAAAGAUUCCCAGUAUAUGGAGCAAACACUGUGCCAUCUUGAGUACUUCGCAACAGAAGGUCUGAGGACUCUGUGCAUUGCUUAUGCAGAUCUGUCAGAGAACUCUUACAGAGAGUGGCUGAAUGUCUACAAUGAAACCAGUACAGUUCUGAAAGACAGAACUCAGAAACUGGAGGAAUGCUAUGAAAUCAUUGAAAAGGAUUUGCUGCUGCUUGGAGCUACAGCCAUUGAAGAUCGUCUGCAAGCAGGUGUUCCAGAAACAAUAGCCACACUAAUGAAGGCAGAAAUUAAGAUAUGGAUUCUGACAGGGGACAAACAGGAAACAGCUCUCAAUAUAGGGUACUCUUGCAGACUCAUUUCACAGAGUAUGUCUCUCAUCCUGGUCAAUGAAGAUUCACUAGAUGCAACCAGAGCCUCUCUGACUCAACAUUGUACCAGCUUGGGGGACUCACUGGGCAAGGAAAACGAUAUUGCUCUGAUUAUUGAUGGCCACACACUGAAGUAUGCCCUUUCCUUUGAAGUCAGGCAGAGCUUUCUGGACUUGGCACUCUCCUGUAAAGCUGUAAUUUGUUGCAGAGUAUCUCCUCUACAGAAGUCUGAAAUAGUAGACAUGGUCAAGAAACACGUCAAUGCCAUAACACUUGCCAUUGGGGAUGGUGCCAAUGAUGUAGGAAUGAUCCAGACAGCUCACGUUGGAGUGGGGAUCAGUGGCAAUGAGGGCAUGCAGGCAACCAAUUGCUCGGAUUAUGCUAUUGCACAGUUUUCCUACUUGGAGAAGCUGUUGUUGGUCCAUGGAGCUUGGAGUUACAAUCGAGUAACCAAGUGUAUACUGUAUUGCUUCUACAAGAAUGUGGUUUUAUAUAUUAUUGAGCUUUGGUUUGCUUUCGUUAAUGGAUUUUCUGGGCAGAUCUUAUUUGAGCGAUGGUGUAUUGGUCUGUAUAAUGUGAUUUUCACAGCACUGCCACCCUUUACUCUGGGAAUUUUUGAACGAUCAUGUACUCAAGAUAGCAUGCUUAGAUUUCCACAGUUAUACAAAAUUACACAAAAUGCAGAUGGGUUCAACACAAGGGUUUUCUGGGGUCACUGCAUCAAUGCCCUCAUCCAUUCCAUCAUUCUCUUCUGGUUUCCACUGAAAGUGCUGGAGCAUGAUGCAGUAUUCACAAAUGGCCAGGGAAUUGACUAUUUAUUUGUUGGAAACAUAGUUUACACUUAUGUUGUAGUCACAGUUUGUCUGAAAGCUGGUUUGGAAACAACUGCGUGGACUAGAUUCAGUCACCUGGCCGUCUGGGGAAGCAUGCUGCUCUGGCUGGUGUUCUUCGGUGUCUACUCAGCCAUCUGGCCCACAUUUCCCAUCGCACCAGACAUGCUGGGGCAGGCUGGAAUGGUCUUAAGAUGUGGAUACUUCUGGUUUGGCUUGUUUCUCGUGCCCACUGCGUGCCUUGUUAAAGACGUGGCAUGGACAGCGGCCAAGCAUACCUACCAUAAAACUUUACUGGAGCAAGUUCAGGAGUUGGAGAUGAAGACAAGAGAGCUGGGAAAAGCCAUGCUUCGUGAUAGUAAUGGAAAGAGCGUCAACGAACGUGAUCAUUUGUUAAAAAGGCUUGGCAGGAAAACUCCUCCGAGCCUCUUCCGUGCUCAUUCUGUCCAGCAAAGUGUAUCACAUGGAUAUGCAUUUUCUCAAGAAGAACACGGUGUUGUUUCCCAGUCACAAGUUGUUCGAUCCUACGAUACAACCAAAAGGAGAGCAGAAAUAGAAUAAACGGUUCUUCACUUGAUGGGUGGUGGGAAUAAUGGGAUUUGGAUCAGUGCAUCCACUGUUAACAUGUUCUUGACUAGGGUUGGCAGCAGCAGCCAAAACACAAGAGAACUCAUUUCUGUGGCCUUAGCCAACAAGUUUCUGUAUUCUUCCUGCAAACCUUGAGUACAUAUUGUAGGGGGAAAUCAUUGUUUGAAUUCAGUUGCAAAGCUCUGCCUAAAGUUUAUGUUGUUAUGAAGCAUUUGACUGUGUUGUGAGGUGUGAAAUUAAAAACAAUGUUUUACCACUAUUUAAAACGUCAGCAUAAGGUUGUUCUGGGAGAAAAUCAGAAAAUUUAUGUUCCAUGAGAGAUCAGGCUUUGCUUAAUUGGAACGGGGUGCUGAGAUUUCCUGUUUUGUUACACACAGACCAAGUGCCCAUGCCUGCAUGCAAACCUUACUCCCUCAGAUAUUCACUGUUUACUAAUUUGGCUGAAAUUUUUAAGAUAAAUUUGGCAUAAAACUUUUGAUUGCAACACAGUCUGUAACCAGAAAUGCUUAUUUGUCAUCUUAUGACAGAAUAACACAAGAUAGCAAUGAAUUACUGUUGAGGUUUGAACUCAGCUGGCAGCCAGACACCACAUGGCCGGCUGUUCACCUCCCCCUCCCUGGUGAAAAAAGAAUUCGUAGGUCGAAUAAAAAGAAAGAAUUUACUAAAUAUAACAAGAGAACAAUAGUAACAAUAGUGAGUCCAAAAAGAAAUGGGUGAAAUGCAGCAGUGGCUUACAGAGUGCGGCGACCGCCCCCACAGCAACACACACCCGGAACCGACCCAAAAUCGGUGCCUGCCCCCCCUAUAUCCCUGGGCAUGACAUCACAUGGUAUGAAAUAUUCCAAUGAAAGUUAACUCCAUCCUGGUUGAAACCAGGACAGUCUCCACUCCUUGUUCCAUACCAUUGACGUUAUGCUCAGGUUUCCAAAUACAUCUUAAGGAAUCACCACCCCCUUUUUUUUCCAGGUCUCACAGAUACGAUUCCCUUAGUCUAUGGGCCAUCCUUCCACAACAUCUGCUGAGUUCAUUUAGUCCAUAACUUCAGGUUCCAUCUGUCAUGACAGUCUAUAAGGCUGGAGGAAUGAGGCGAAGUUGGCUCAGUUGGUGGAGCAGGAGGCUCUGGAUGUGGCACGGGAAUGUUGCAAGGCACCAAUUGCAAUAACAGGGUUAUCUGACAGUCUGGUUCAUUGGCUAUUCUCACCUAAAAUCAAAUCUCCCUGAUGCACACAUUGGACUUCUCCAUCCUUCUGCAUUACCUACCAAGUGCACCUAUGUCCUUGUGGAAACAUAAUCCCAUGCAUGGGUUUACCUUUACCCAAUAAAAGAGUAACCCAGAUGGCCUUCCCCAACAUAUUCCUAAUGUGCACUACAGGGGUUUUAUCCCCAUGCAUGUUGUGUCAGAUGUUUGAUUGAGCAGGGCCAGCUUGCUUGGCAGAUCCUCUGGUAUUGACUAACCAGGUGGCUUUUGCUAAAUGCAUGUCCUAGUGUUUGAAAGUUCCACCACCCAUUGCUCUCAGUGUAGUUUUCAGCAAUCCAUUGUAUUGCUCAAUUAUCCCAGAGGCUGGUGCAUGGUAGGGAAUGUGAUAUAUCCACUCAAUGCCAUGUUCUUUGGCUCAGCUGUCUAUGAGGUGGUUUCAGGAAUGUGUCCCAUUAUCUGACUCAAUCCUUUCUGGCAUGCCAUGCUGCCAUAAGACUUUCUCCUCAAGGCCUACAAUGGUGUUCCAGGCAGGGGCAUGGGACACAGCAUAAGUUUCCAACCAACCAGUGGCUGCUUCCACCAUUGUAAGCACAUAGUAUUUGCCUUGCUGAGUUUGUGGGAGCAUGAUAUAAUCAAUCUGCCAGGCAUCCCCAUAUUUGUAUUUUGACCAUCGUCCUCCAUACCAAAUGGGAUUUAACUGUUUUGCUUGCUUGAUCAUACCACAUGUCUCACAUUCAUGGAUUACCUGUGCAAUAACAUCCAUGGUUAAGUCCACCCCUCAGUCACAAGCCCAUCUAUAUGUUGCAUCUCUUCCCUGAU